CAAUCAGAAAAAGGAAAAUAAAAGCAACGCACGAGCCCGCCGGCCGGCACCGUGGGGCUGGGCCGGAGCGGAGGUAGCCGCCGGGUAGUUUCUCUUUCUGUCUUAACCUAUGUAAUGUCCGCGUUGGAAGGCGACGGCUCCGAGUUUUUUCCCUCAUGCUGGAAUGGCAGAAGAUAAGCCUGAUGCUAAGAGCCCCAAGCCUGGGGCGAGGCCCCAAGGGGGUGCUGAGGCCGGGGAGCCUACCACUCUUCUUCAGAGGCUCCGAGGUACCAUUUCCAAGGCCGUGCAGAACAAAGUAGAGGUGAUUCUGCAAGAAGUCCAGAAGCUGUCAGACAGCGACAAGCUGUACCUUUACCUCCAGCUGCCUUCGGGGCCCAGCGCCGGAGACAAAAGCUCCGAGCCGAGCAUACUGAGCAAUGAGGAGUACAUGUAUGCCUAUAGGUGGAUACGCAACCACCUGGAGGAGCACGUGGACACCUGUCUGCCCAAGCAGAGCGUCUAUGACGCUUACCGAAAGUACUGUGAGAGCCUCGCCUGUUGCCGCCCACUCAGUACGGCCAACUUCGGUAAAAUCAUCAGAGAGAUCUUCCCGGACAUCAAAGCCCGAAGGCUUGGUGGUCGGGGCCAGUCCAAAUACUGCUACAGCGGCAUACGGAGGAAGACUUUGGUGGCUAUGCCACCGUUGCCGGGACUUGACUUAAAGGGCUCUGAAAGUCCAGAAAUGGGCCCAGAAGUCACCCCAGCACCUCGGGAUGAAUUGGUAGAGGCCGCCUGCGCCCUGACUUGUGACUGGGCGGAGCGGAUCCUGAAACGGUCCUUCAGUUCCAUUGUCCAGGUCGCCCGCUACCUGCUGCAGCAGCAUCUCAUCUCUGCCCGCUCCGCACAUGCUCACGUGCUGAAGGCCGGUGGGCUGGCCGAAGAGGAUGAAAGAGCCCCUCAGGAACGGUCAAGCAAAUCCAAGAACGGUGUAGAGAGCCUGGAGGGCGGAGGCCCUAAGAAGCCAGAGAAACCAGCCCAGCCUCCUAAAGAGCUAGACUCCCGAGCUGAGACUGACCCUCCAGGGCGUGGAGAACGGAAGAAGAGUGUGGUUGACAGUUCAGCUCCGGCAGCCAGUAAGCCACACGUUAAUGCCCAUGUGGCCCGGCUGCCUGUGCUGCUUCCGAGAACACCACGAUCACUCAUCACACCCAUUCUGGCCUCUAAGCUUUCUUCAAGCACCCUGAAAGUAGCUACGUUGCCUCUGUCCACUAGGGUUGGAGGACCCCAGACAGCUGUGCCCGUCAUCAACAUGAUCUUACCACCUGUUCCUACUUUGUCAGGUGUUGGGCCUGGGCCUGGACUUGGGCCUGGGUUUAGACCAGGGCCUGGACUUGGGUCUGGGCCCGGGCCUGGGCCUGGAGCUGGGCCUGGGCCUGGGCCUGGAGCUGGGCCUGGGCCUGGGCCUGGAGCUGGAGCUGGGUCUGGGCCUGGGGCUGGAGCUGGGGCUGGGGCUGGGCCUGGGAGAGUUCCACCUAGGGCAGUCAUUGUGCCUCGAAGCACAGAGAACAGAGAACUAGGCGUAAGUGGUGACCCACGACCCCAAGACAAGGGUGUCAAAAGGACAGCUGAAGUGCCUUUGGGUGAGGCCAGCGGGCAGGACCCACCCGUUAAAGAGGUGAAACAUGGUGCAGAGGACACAGUAAGUGAAUCGAAAAGGAAGCGGGGACGCCCUCGGAAGAGGCCAGGUGGAUGCGGAGAGAGAAAUGCUACUCCCGAGAAGCCCGCAGCCAUUGUGAACUCGCCACGGUUACUCUGGGAGACAUGGGGCUCAAAGAGAGAAAACAACUUAGUUUCAAGAUCAGAAAGACUAGGGCCAGUGGGUGGAGCUGAGCAGGAAACCCUGCUUGCUCAGGGUCACGGAGAUGGUGCUUUCUCCAAAGGAAAGGGGAGUCUGAGUUCCCAGGAAGCCAAAGAAACAGAAGAUAAAAUUCCUCCUGUCACCUCAAAAGUGAGUGUUAUCAAGGGCAGAAUUCAAAAGGAGGCUCUUCAGUGGGUAAAGGGAGAGGCUGAUGCUGCAACACAGGCCCACAAAGGGUUAAAGGGUCAUAUGCUUCAGAGUUACCUAACCCAUGAGCAUAAGGACCCCAAAGCAACACCCCCCUGAUAGAGGGCUAGGUCUGUGGGGGAAAGUGGCCAUGUUCCAUGAGCUCUGCCUGCCUGCCUGGUGGAGGCCUCUCACUGUGCCUGCUCCUCGCUAACCAGCCUUCCCUAAGGGAGCCCAUUGGCCUGGCUUGCAUCGUGCCAUGCCUCAUGGCU